GAGAGUGAAAGAGUAGAAGCUAGGUAGGGUAGGGAUAGGAUGGAUCCAGAGUUGCACAAGGCGGCGGUGCAGGGGAGCGUGACAAGCCUGAGGAAGCUGGUGGCCGAGCGCCCCGGCAUCCUUGGUUCCAAGACGCCGCAGGGGAACACCGCGCUGCACAUCGCCACCGAGCUCGGCCAUGCCGGCUUCUUGAAGGAGGCCCUCGGUGUGGACUGCAAGCUACUCGCCACAAGGAACGCCGACGGCGACACGCCGCUGCACCUGGCGGCCAGGAUGGGGAAGUUGGACGUGGCGGAGCUGCUCGUCAGCCGCGCCAGCGCAUGGCGUGCGGAGCACUCCCCUGGGAGCGAGCAGGAGCCUCUGUUCAUGGCCAACAAGGCCGGCGACACCCCGCUACACGACGCGGUGAAGCAGGGCAGGAGCACCGUGGCGCUCAUGCUGUUGGCCGCCGAGCCCAGCGUCGGCCACACGCUCAACAUGAGGAAGGAGUCGCCGCUGCACAUCGCCGCCCGGGAGGGCCUCGCCGACGUCGUGGCCAAGAUCGUCCGCCAGCCCUGGGUCCACGAGAAGUUUGUCCCCUCCGACUCCACCAACGGCACCGCCCUGCACCAGGCCGUCCUCGGCGGACGCAUCCGUAAGUGA